UCAUCUUCAUAACGCGGUUUUGUUUCACCAAACUCAAACAAACACACAUUCCAUUCAAACCUAACUAACAAUCAAUCAGAUCAACACACACCCAAACAUUCGUCGAAAAAUCAAAACCGAUCUCAAUCCAAUCUAAACCAUUCGAUCUCACUCCCAAUCGAAUCAAUUACAAUUCUACUCUCAGAACUUGGAAUCAGCUAAAACCCUAACAGUAAGUGAUGUUGCGAGCUCUAGUGCGGCCUCUCGAGCGGUGGUGCCCAGGAAGCAGAUCGAGCGGCGAUAACUUACUCUGGCAAUCGGAGCUGAGACCGCACGCCGGCGGAGAGUAUUCGAUCGCGGUAGUUCAAGCCAAUUCGAGACUAGAGGAUCAGAGUCAGGUCUUCACAUCAUCCUCCGCCACUUACGUCGGCGUCCACGACGGCCACGGCGGACCCGAAGCUUCUAGAUUCGUUAACAGACAUCUCUUCCCUUACAUCCACAAGUUCGCUAAAGAAGAAGGAGGACUCUCUGUGGAUGUGAUUAGAAAAGCAUUUAAAGAAACUGAGGAUGAUUUCUGUCAUAUGGUUAAACGAUCCUUACCGUCGAAACCGCAGAUGGCUACUGUGGGGACUUGCUGUCUCUUUGGUGCUAUCUCCGAUGGUACGCUGUACGUUGCGAAUCUUGGGGACUCGAGAGCGGUUCUUGGGAGAGUGGUUUCAGGGGUUGCUGUAGCUGAGAGGUUGUCUACUGAUCAUAACGUUGCUGUUGAAGAAGUGAGGAAGGAGGUUAAGGCGCUUAACCCUGAUGAUUCGCAGAUUGUUAUGUAUAUUCGUGGAGUUUGGAGGAUUAAAGGCAUUAUUCAGGUAUCGAGAUCAAUUGGGGAUGUGUACUUGAAGAAACCAGAGUUUUACAGGGAUCCGGUGUUCCAGCAACAUGGGAAUCCCAUUCCUUUGAGGAGACCUGCGAUGACAGCUGAACCCUCCAUCAUUGUAAGGAAGCUUAAGCCACAGGACUUGUUUCUCAUAUUUGCAUCAGACGGUCUCUGGGAACAUCUUACUGAUGAAGCAGCCGUAGAGAUUGUACUCAAACACCCAAGAGCUGGAAUUGCACGAAGACUCGUAAGAGCAGCUCUCGAGGAAGCUGCAAAGAAGAGAGAAAUGAGAUAUGGAGAUAUGAAGAAAAUCGCCAGAGGAGUUCGAAGACAUUUCCAUGACGACAUAAGCGUCGUUGUUGUUUAUCUCGAUCAACACAAACCGAAGAAUGGUAAACUGGUACAGCAAGGAGGCAUCACAGCUCCACCGGAUAUCUACUCACUACGCUCAGAUGAAGCUAAGCAACGGCAGCUUCUCAAUGUGUUAUACUGACUCAGAUUAUGUUAAGUGGGUGGUUUUGGAUAAAAAUCAAAAUAGGGAAGAAAACUUGUUUACAUAUUUGUUUAAUCUUUUACCAUGGAUGUAUGUUCUUUUUAUGUAUUGGAAUUGGAUUUGUAUAUUCUUUUACCCUUUUCUUUUUGGGCAAAGCAGUUUUGCUUUUGACAAUCAAUACUUUUGUUGUACCGAAGUAUGAAAACUUGUUUGAGUUUAUGAGAAGAUUGAUUGAGCC